AUGAGGCGAAUUGCCGUGGCAACAUGUCAGCGACGGUGGUUGGCCUCAACGCUGCUGCCCCGCGGCGGUAAGUGCGUAACGCCACGGCCUGGGCGGCGCACCAUUCUCGAUACCGCGGCGCCUCUUAUCACCCCAGUCCGCGAAGUGUACUGCACGGCGGCUUGCUACGCAUCGAAAGAUGCGCAAUAUCAGUGUGGCGAGUGCGGGAAGACGUUCCGCCUCUUGAACGCCCUCAAUCACCAUAUCAUGACUCGUCACGGCAACAAUGCAAAGGCACUGAUGAAGAGAGAGGGCAAGCUGGUGCCCAUUGAAGCAGAUGCGCUCAGGGGUGGGGCACACAGUGAGUCCUUAUUCUCGCCCGCUACCACUACGAAUGCCGCCGCGGCGUCUCCCUCUCCAGUCUCCGGCGGCGGCGCCUCGCCAUUUCCAGGGCACUUCGCCGCCCCAUUCGCUGCCACAACUGCAUCAUCCAUGGGCGAGGUGGCCUCGUCCUCUGUCUCACCAGUCACCGCCACUGCUACCACCGGUGGCGCCACUCCAAGCAAUGGCGAGAAUGGGGGCAGCGCCGAGGGGUCCGCUGCGGACACAGAGAAGCGCAUGUUCGUCUGCACGGUGUGUCAGAAGACGUUUCGGCUUGAGGCGGCGCUGCAGCACCACUAUCAGGCAAAACACAACAUGGACAUGCCAACCACCGUCUCGCCUCUGUCUCCUCAGGGCGGCGCGAGCACGGCACCAGUGACCGGCGGUGCUUCCGUGUCCAUUCCUGGAGCGCCUGCUGGUGCUGCUGCUGGUGGUGGUGCUGCCACGUUUCGUGGUGUAGUCGCAGACGGUACUGCAGCUCCUGCGAACGCUGCUGGCUUCAGCGCUGCGCAGUAUGUGCGGCAGCAGGAGGGAGCGCUGCCUGAUGCCCCGCAGUACCACCUUGAUGUGGCUCCGAACGCCCCGGAGGAGGGCGACAUUGCCGCGCACUGGCGCUGCGUGAACGUAUGCGUGCUGAUGGGCGACGUGCAGGAGGUGGAGGAGGGGUAUGUCUUCCAGGAUCACGUACUGCAGUUCACCUUGGCGACCGAGUUUGCUGCCCCGGCUCCUGGCGACCCCGACACUGAUUUUCACACGGUGCGCGUCUACGGGCACAACUUUUGGUGCCCGCUGAAGGCGGACAUGCAGGCUGGCGGUCGGUUUCUUGUCACGGGGAGGCUGUGCAUGGUGCCGCAGUUCGAUACACAGCUGAAGAAGUAUUACCACUAUCCCGUGAUUCAGGUCUUUCCUGGGUCUGGUACCGUGGUUCGCGUUUGA